AUGUCGAUCCGCAUGCCCUUCGGCCGUCUAACCGGCCGCCUGGCGCAACAGCAGCUCCGACCUGCCACCAGCGUUAUUUCAACGACGGCCUCACGCCCUGCUGCUCUCUCGCGAGUGCUUCGCCAGCAGCGGCAGCAUCGCUCGUACUCGUCCGAACCCCCACGCGCCAACAACCCGAACAAGGUCAAGUUCUGGCCUUUUUUCGCCAUCAUUGGCCUCGGCACGGCUGGCUACGUCGCCCUGGCGAACCGCCGCAAGGGCACCGCUCCCGUUCCCGGUGGCUCGCAGCCCAGCACGCCGGCGGCGGCCCAAGACGCGGGCCCCGUCUUCUCGCCCAAGGACGUCACCGUCGUGUUUGUGCUCGGCGGCCCCGGCGCGGGCAAGGGCACCCAGUGCGCCAAGCUCGUUGAGCAGCACGGCUUCACGCACCUGUCGGCCGGCGAUCUCCUGCGCGCCGAGCAGGACCGGCCCGGCUCGCAGUUUGGCGACCUGAUCCGCGACUACAUCAAGAACGGGCUCAUCGUGCCCAUGGAGGUGACGGUCAAGCUGCUCGAAAACGCCAUGGCCGACGCGCUGCGGCAAAAGGGCACCGGCAGCGCGGGCCGCUUCCUCAUCGACGGCUUCCCGCGCAAGCUCGACCAGGCCUACAAGUUCGAGGAUACCGUGUGCCCCGCCAAGCUCGUCCUCUUCUUCGACUGCCCCGAAAAGGUCAUGGAGGCGCGCCUGCUCGAGCGCGGCAAGACGAGCGGCCGCGCCGACGACAAUGCAGAGAGCAUCCGGAAGCGCUUCCGCACCUUUAUCGAGACGAGCAUGCCCGUCGUCGACUACUACGAGAAGCAGGGCAAGGUGGUCAAAAUCGAGGCCGUCAAGGCCGCCGACGAGGUCUUUGCCGAGACCCAGAAGCGCCUCCGCGAGAGACUCGGCAACGACUUUUAA